CUGUUAGUCUCUGAGCUAAAAUCGCUGUGCUGCUAGUUCGCGCCGGAGCGCUGAGUAGGUGAGUGACAGGCUCGUUACGUGAGCGGCUCGCGAGGUCGCAUUAAGGGCAGCACGGCCGUCUUUUUCCGCUCCCAAAGCUCGUUUCCUAUCAGCAGCAGGUGCUGUUUCGUGGAAUGACCCAGUUUGCUGAGGAGAAAAGGGAUUGAGGUUGUCUGCAGCUGAACACGCUAAAGUUUGUCGGGUUAUUCCGGCGGGUGUGUGAAGAGCACUGAGGAGUCUGGUGAAGAGACCCUGCCAUGCGUGAAUACAAGCUUGUGGUGUUGGGCUCUGGUGGUGUGGGCAAGUCAGCCCUGACGGUCCAGUUUGUCCAGGGAAUUUUCGUUGAGAAAUAUGACCCCACAAUAGAAGACUCCUACAGAAAGCAAGUGGAGGUGGACGGUCAGCAGUGCAUGUUGGAGAUCCUGGACACAGCAGGAACAGAGCAGUUCACAGCCAUGAGGGACCUGUACAUGAAGAACGGUCAGGGCUUUGCUCUUGUGUACUCAAUCACAGCACAGUCCACAUUCAAUGACCUGCAGGAUUUACGAGAGCAGAUCCUACGAGUAAAGGACACAGAGGAUGUGCCGAUGAUCCUGGUGGGUAAUAAGUGUGAUCUGGAGGACGAGAGGGUGGUGGGGAAAGAACAGGGGCAAAAUCUGGCCCGGCAGUGGAACAACUGUGCCUUUCUAGAGUCCUCCGCCAAAUCAAAGAUCAACGUCCUUGAUAUCUUUUAUGACUUGGUCAGACAAAUUAACAGGAAAACACCGGUGGAAAAGAAGAAAGCAAAAAAGAAAUCCAAUUGUGUCCUCCUGUAGAGCCAGCAGCAGCUCUGAGCCAGAAUGCUGUAAUGAAGAACUGUUAGCUUUUUUUGGAUCAUGCCAGCAUUCCCAUCCUCAAUGAGUGAUUCAAUGGAACAGCUGACUGACUGACUCAAAGCAGCACCGGACAUAGCGAGCGAGAACACCAGUCACAACUCUUUAUUUCUUCUUUAUGUUGGCAGAAAAAUCUGAGGAAAAACUCAAUUUACCAUAAGCAAUUUCAGUAGAACUGUGAACAGCUCAACAUUUCCCUGACCUUUUGGACUUUUUUCAUCACUGACCUUGUGGCUGAUGAAGAAAUUAAACCUUAUGUUAACAUAAUAGUGAACAUUAACCACCAUGAGACACCUUUUCAGUUGCCACACAAUGAAUCUUAGGACAUAAUACCUCGGGAUUCUUCAUCUAUCUUUUUUGCUUUACGUUGAAUAUCUGGUGGCAAUAUUUGAAAUCCUUCAACUUCCUCUAAAAACCCAUUGAUACAUCUGUUCAGAAACUUGACAGAGGAGAAAAUCACUGAAAUUUCACCACAAAUGUGUUUUUAAACCCCCAUAAACUCUUGAACUCUUUGCUUUUCAGUGGCCUCAUCUGUUGAAAAAGCAGGACGAGAAAUCAGAGUUAACAGUAUUCAUUUGCGCAAUACCGCAUGUUCAAGGACAUGGAGGAUGACAACGUUCAAUAUCCAGUUAUCAGCAUGACCAUCUUUAAGUGUAGAUGUUGUAAAUGAUGUCUAGUUCAAUUGUUUCCUUUUUAAGUUGUAUUUCCAUUCUUGGUACAAUGUGUAAAUGUCUAUAGAUGACAAACAUGUAAAUAUUGUUUUGCUGACAACUAUGGACACUCAUCAGAAAGUUCUGCCCCAUUCCCAAUGUGACAUUAUUUUGUAUUCAGUCACUUGGUUUUCCUAGCUCAUAUAUCAUAUUCUAAUGCCAUUCUAUUUCAUAAAGACUGUUUCAGAAGUAAACAGGCCUUUUUUAUAGUGUAAAAAGUGGAGGAAGGAGCGAUCGAUUUCUAUGCCUAUCAAGACUGAAAUAUAUUGUACUAAACCAACUAUUUCCUCUUGUGUUUUUCUGUCAAAAGAUGUUCUGGCUUUUAAGAUUAUUAAAUUUUAGUACCUUUUCAUUA